AGGAAGGGGAAAAUAAAACAAAGCCCAGAUUCCUUCUCCGAACAGGCCCUAUCCUUUUUCUUCUUCUCCCCACCUCCCCUCUUCUCCUGUUUCUCGUUCUCUCUCUCCCAACCCAAGCAGAUCAUAUCAUAUACCCCAUCUAUCGCUCAAAGAAAAUUAGGCCACUGGACCCUUCAAGAUUGAGCCGAGAUUUCCCCACACAGGGUGCAAGGGAGAGGCAGCACAGCAGGAGCAUUCCUAGCUAGUUUGCAGCAGGAAGCAAAGAACGCGUCUCUCCUCUUUCUCCCACUAGCUAGAGGUUAGCUAGUGAUGAAUCGAGGAGAAUUCCAGAGCUCCCUGGUGCAACAGAUGAUCUGGAGUGGCACCGGCAACACCACAGGCAGCCUGAAGCCAUGCCAUGAGGACCAAGCUGAGGCAUCACCUAACAUGCCCCCCUUGUCUUCUCCCUCCAUGCUCUUCUCCCAGCAGUUUCCUCAUAGCUCAUCAGGCCUGGUUCAUAUGAACGGCGGCAGUACGCCCCUCGCAAGCUUGCAUGAUGGUAACGCCGGCAGCCAGGAGAGCCACAUGCCAGAGUCAUGGAGCCAGCUGAUUCUUGGGGGAUUAGUUGGAGAUCAAGAGAGAUACAGCACCACCACGGCUCUCCUGUCGAAGGGACUAGAGAAUUGGGGGGAUCAUCAGCAGGCUGCUGCCGCCGCGAGUGCAUGCAUGGUUGGUAUGAAGGAGGAAGGCUCCAUGGCCCAAUCCGGCAGCGGCGCCGCUGCUCCUUACAACUUCUACGGGAGCCAUCUCGCCGCCAGCGAUAGCCAUGAGAUCCAGGCCAAGUCCCAGCUAAGUCAGAUGAUCAUGGCGUCCUCCCCUAGGUCAUGUGUCACCACCAGCCUCGGCAGUAACAUGCUCGACUUCUCCAAUAGUGCCGUGGUGCCACCACCGCCGGAGCUCAGGAACCACCACCAUCACCACUCUGACAACUCAUCCGAGUGCAACAGCACCGCGACAGGUUCAGCUCUCAAGAAGGCUAGAGUUCAGGCCUCCUCCUCAGCACAAUCUACUCUAAAGGUGAGGAAGGAGAGACUAGGGGAUAGAAUAACUGCACUUCACCAGAUAGUAUCCCCAUUUGGCAAGACUGACACGGCGUCUGUACUGCAAGAGACCAUUGGCUAUGUCAGAUUCCUCCUGGGUCAAAUUGAGGCUCUCAGCUACCCUUACAUGGGCCACGGCGGCAACGGGACCUCCGUGCAAAAUGGACCGACCGGAGAAAAGAAUCCUGGCCUCUUCCCAGAAUACCCCGGCCAGUUGCUAAACCAUAAUAACAACACUGGAGGAGUACAGCAGCAGGCUGGAGGCCAACCUGAGCCGCAGGGUGCUGUGAGUGAUGAGGCGAGCAAGAAAGACUUGAGGAGCCGUGGGCUCUGCCUCGUCCCGGUGUCAUGCACGUCCCACUUCGGUGGGGACAACGCCGCUGACUACUGGGCCCCGGCGCCGCUUGGCGGGAUACUCCGGUAGAAGAUGAGAUCGAUCGAUGGCUGUUUGUUGCAGCAAGUAUAUGUGUUGUGGUGAUGGGGGGUCGUCCAAGUACAUACCAUCAUGAGCAGUCAUUCUGUUAAGGCUGAUUGCUCUUGAUGCUAUGGUAUGCGAGUACUAGUGUAAUCAAAUUCAUGGGGGUGAAAGAGCGAUUUAAGCCUUCUGUAUCGGCAUAUGUUAUUUCUGCAUGCAAAGAGGCUUUUCUACAAGGGAGGUGCACGCACGGCCAGUAUAUCUAGCUAGUUCUUCUUCGGUCUCUAGCUAGCUUAGCAGGCCCUGUCGCCGCGUCGUCCUUCAGUCCUUGCAAAGUUUAUGGCUUUAUUGGUGUAUAUGUAAAUCUAGCAAGUUAUAUAUAUAGUGAACUUUAACUUGCCCA